AAUAGAGAGUUUACAGAGCAAGCUCUCUCCUCUCCUGACUGGUUCACUCGCCUCAUCUAACUAACCAUCCUCGGGGAAACACACUUUUAAGCACGCACGCACGCGCGCACGGACACACACACACACAUUGAAGCUCCGCUCAGCAGCAGCAGGGAGUGAACAGCCAGCUUGCGACUUAUCCCCGCCAUUCCCCGGUACAGUAACUUCCUCAGCAUCUCCCGGCCUCUGCAGAGAGAGAGAGAGAGAACCGCCCGACAACCCAACUGGAAACCGGCCCCACGGCUCUAUAGUAACGGACUGACCGACCACUAAAUCCCGGAGAAGGAAAGAGGACUAUCUAGUGCUCAGCAUCCCGUCAUCGCCGGUAGAAUAUACUUCAGACUGCGGAUUUAAACCGUCACAUUGGCCAAUUGUCCAUUUGGACGGAGCGAGAGAACUGGUAGUGCGCAGUGUGAGAACACAACAGAAACCACUUGACGCGGAAAAGUCCCGGACACUUCCCGGUAUUUUAGGAAACAGAGGGACGCGUCUCACCUUACCGAAAUACCGACUCCGGUAGCCUAAAACGGAGCCGGUCUGAGCAACAGCUACCACCGGCAAAAAUCAGUGAGGUUGCCAGGGUAACCUCCCCCAGCCAAUCAGCAGUCAUGGAUGAGAUGGAUCUGCCCCAGAUGAAGAAGGAAGUGGAGAGUCUGAAAUACCAACUGGCUUUCAAGAGAGAGAAGUCCUCCAAGACAGUCACUGACAUGGUGAAGUGGAUCGAGGACGGGGUACCUGAGGACCCCUUCCUGAACCCUGAGCUCAUGAAGAACAACCCCUGGGUGGAAAAGGGAAAGUGUGUCCUGUUGUAGACGACCCCUGACCCUGCCAUGACCUCUGACCCCAGCCUGGUGGGGCAUGGCAGGACAGCACUCGCCCCCCCCACCAUGAAUGUACAACAGCUGAUGUCCAGACCCCCCCCCUGCUAGUUUCAGCCACGUUGAUGCAUCACAGAUUACCUUUAAUAUUCAUGUUGAUGUUGAUAUGAAGUGUAUAUAUGCAGCCAGUCACUCAGUCACUCAGUCACUCACUCAGUCACUCACUCAGUCACUCAGCCACUCACUCAGUCACUCAGUCACUCACUCAGUCACUCACUCAGUCACUC